CACCUGAAGAACCACAAAAUUUAAUUAAUUUUCAACAUAGGCAUUUUACAUGGGUACUUUCCCAUAACUUAAAAAUUUCAAACACGCCAAUGUGGGUAGGAUAUAAUGCCAAAAUUUUAAAAGAUGACAGUAGAAUUCAAAAGAUUGAGUAUUUAACGCAAAUUAAUAAUUCACCCACGGAUCCAGCUGUUGUAAAAGAGACGAUGCGUAGAAGUUUGCAAAUCGCUUCAGAAUGUCAAAAAGAUUUCUUCAGCGUUACUUACGAUUUAGCCAUGGCCAAGAUUGCUUUACGGAUACAGAGUGCGGAGGAUGAAUUCGAAAAACUUUUUAUUAAUUUUGGACCUUUCCACAUAAUGUUAUCAUUCAUGAAAGCUAUCGGGAAAUUUAUAAGUGGAUCUGGGUUAACAAAUAUUCUUAUAGAUAGCGAAAUUUUGGCCAGUGGUUCUAUCAGUUCGUUUUUAAGUGGAAAACACUUUAAUCGAUGCAGAAAAAUUCAUCCUUUACUCUCUCUUGCUUUGCAGAAUUUACAUUUGGAAAGGUUUUUACAGCAGCAUGAUCAGGACCUGGAAAAUAUUAAAGAAUACUUAAAAAUAUUUAAUGAACAACAGAAUGAUGACCCACAAAUAACCAAUGAGAAUUUAAAAAAAUUAUUUAACAAAUAUGAAGAAUAUAAAAAUGAAACUUUAAAUGGAAGGCAUGGUAAAACACCUCAAAUUUAUUUAAUGUACACAAGAUUAGUUGAAUAUUAUCUUCAAUUAGAAUAUAGUAUUCGUAUAGGUGACUUCAAUUUGUUUGUAGACACUUUACCGAAAAUAACAAAUGUUUUUUUUUCAAUGAAUCACCAUAAUUAUGCAAGGUAUAUGUCUAUUUAUUGGGAUAAGUUGAUAAAUAUUGAAACUACACAUCCCGGAUUGCUUGAUGAUUGUCAAAAGAGUUUUAUGGGCAUUCGAAGAACAAUAAAACCGUUUUCAAGAAUCCCAGUUGAUUUAACACUUGAACAAACAAUCAAUGCUGAUGCUGCUUCUAAAGCUUCUGGAAUUGUAAACAUUACAAACUCGUUCUCUGCAAGACAAAAAUGGUCAAUUACUCACUCACUACGUACAAGUGUUAUAUCUAAAGUGAUGGAAUUUUGUAAUAUGAAAUCAACAGAUGAUAUUACGAAAGAUUUAAAGAAAUCAACAAUUAAUAAAUCUACCAAAAACUUACAAGUACUAAUGCAACUAAUAAAGCAGUACACCAACCCUUUUGGAUUAGAACUGUCAGAAGAUCAUCUUUACAAUAUAUCGAAAGGUCAGUCGGUGAACGAUGAAGUAUAUAACUUUUUAUCAUCAGUUGAAAUUGAGGGCGAAAAACAAAAUAAGAAUUUCAUUGCUGAGUCUCGAGUAACACCAGAUAGGUUUGAUAAAGCCAUUACCAGAAAUAAAAUAAUUAAUUUUGAGUACAAGAAUACGCAAAAAGUCAAAAUUAAUGGAAAAGUGAAAGAAGUUCAAAUGCAAAGAGAUGUUUUUGGUCGUCUACUUUAUGUGUCACUAAAAAAUAAAAUUGAUUUAGAAAAAGCAUUAAGUUAUCCUCUAGCUCCUAUUCCAUUUUCACUCUGUCAUACUAAUGGAACAAUUUGCAAGACCCCAAAAUCUGUAAUUAUUAAUGAAUUACUAGAAUAUCAAACUGAAAUAGUAAAUCCUCCAGAAGCAGAUAUUCACUUAGUUGAUGGAUUUUAUUUAUUACAUACAUUGAAGAACCUUCCAAACAGAUAUGGUAAAAUCUCAAUGCAUAUAUUAAAAAUACUUACAUAUAAUAGAAAAGAAGUACAUAUUAUAUUUGACAAAUACAAAAAUCCCAGUAUUAAAGAUUUUGAACAUAAUCUGAGAGGUGAAGAUGACAUACAAUAUGACGUAAUACGUAAAGACAAUAAUCGUCCUUCAGAUUUCUGCAAAUUAUUGAGGAGCAACAAUUUUAAAGAAAAAUUUGUAAAAUUUUUAAUUGAAGAUUGGACAAGGGACGAAUUUAUUACUUUGAUCACAGGAAAGACUAUUAAACUUAAUUAUGAUCAAUGUUACAUUUAUGAGGUGUCUAGUGAAAAUAAAAUAAAAAGAGUCAUUGACUAUAAUUUCUCUUGUUAUCAUGAAGAAGCUGAUACCAAAAUAGUAUACCACAUUUGUCAAUUUAAUACUAACUAUCGUGUGGAGAUACAUUGUACAGAUUCUGAUAUACCAAUAAUAAUGUUGGCAAAUUUUAAGCAUUUAAAAGAUAAAAUUCAAAUAAUAAUUAAUUUAAGCACGAAUAAAAAAAAAAUGUACUUAAACAUAAAUGAAAUUUAUGCCAAGCUUGGAGAUCAAUUAUCUUGUUCACUCGCCAUAUGCCAUAUUUUUACAGGGAAUGAUUACAAUCCUGCUUUCUUUCGUAAAGGAAAAAAGAAACCUUUCAGUAUUUUAAAGAAAAAUGAAAAUUUUCAAGAGGCAUUUAUUCAACUUCUACGAAUUAAAAAUACGGAAUUAACAACAUCGAAUGAGGUAGUUCAAAUUAUUGAAGAGUAUGUAUGCAGAAUGUAUUCAUUAAAAACAAAAAAUGAUCUGAAUAAAGGACGGUAUGAGUUAUUUGAAAAAGGGUAUAAAUCAAAAAAUGACAAUGAAAAAAUUUUAAAACAAAAAAUCGUAGGAUAUGAUCCUUCCAGUUUGCCACCAACAAAACAAGAAUUGUUGCAACAAAUUAAACGAACUGUAUUCAUCUGCAAUAUAUGGUGUAAUGCACACAUGCGGUGCCCCACGGAAAAAUUGCCAGAAAAUUUUGGAUGGACAAUAAUUGAUGGUAAAUAUGAAUAUUAUUGGUUUGAUGGUCCCCAAAGUCCAUCAUUUGAAGAAUUAUCUUCUGACUUACAAGAGUCAGAUAUCACGAGUGAAGAAAGUGAAACAGAUGAAGAUGAUAACGAUGUUAGUAGCGAACAUUUAUCAGAUGAAUCUGAUGAAGAUUAAUUUCUUUAUAUAUAUAUAAAUACACAAAUUUUUGU